GACUGAUUUAUGAAUCCCCGCUUUCUCUAUGACAACAUCACAUUUGGUUCCUUUAUGGUUCAUGAUCUGAAACAAAAUAAGAGUAUGUGAUUUAUUAUGUAAUAUCAUGUGAACACUAUUGUAAACCUCAAAUGCGCCCCUGGCAAAUUUGCGUCUGCGCAGAUGUCCCUUUUCAAAUCGCCGGUACCAGCCGAUGUUGUGACUGAUCGUAAUAGUUGAGUAUUGUUCGGCUGGUGCUCUUGUGUAUCGCGCUCAUAACCUUAUGAUGGAUGGGCUGCACGCUCACGAGUCCUUUGGGCGGCUCGACGUGAUGCCACUUUAUUCAGCAUAAAGACUUGUGGAUAUUUGCAUCAAAAGCCACUCUAUCAUCUCCUGUCUCUCUUUUCCACUUACUUUCCACAUACACAACACAAUAACUGUUUAACCCAACUCGUGUCAGAUGUCACGUGAGGUCAAAUAACGUAAAUUAAAUAGAAAAGUAUGAUCAGAAAUGUGCUUAAAAAAUAUAUUCCUACAGCCGAACAAUCAGCAGAGGGUACUUUGCAGUUAAAAAAAUGAAAAUUAUAAGUUUAGUAAAUCUAAUAGGCCUAACAGUAGGCUAUACACCAAUAGAGGAGCAUGAUAUUCAUUAGGCUACUGGCUGAUAUGAUGCAGGUGGGUGGAUAUGGUGAGAUGUGUCAAAACUAUAACAAUAAGACCCACGUGUCACUGACCGACUUAAUCAUGUCUGAACCGAACAUAAGGCCUAAUAAAAACCACGGAGCCCUCAGACACAUUACAGCAAUUCAGGGGAGUGCGCCAGUGAGAGACAUCAAUUCUACGAACAACUUGCUAUUUAUUACUGCUAUGGACUACACUUACCUAACUACUUCUGCUUAUGAGACGGGGAUAGACAGUGGCCGAACCUCUACCCGCUCCACGGAGUUCAGUUCCUGCGGUCAGCCCGUAAGUUUUCAGUACAACAGGUGCAAUUUAGGUGCCACAACCAGCUGUCAUUUCAUUGCGCCCGGAUCCUGCUCUCAUCCGCCAUCCCACUAUAUAACAGUUCAAAAUCUUUUGGCGUAUGAACGAGGCGUCCAGGAGAAGCGCAAACAGAGACGCGUGCGCACCAUCUUUACCAGCUCUCAGCUGAAAGAGCUUGAGCGCGUGUUCGCAAAGACCCAAUAUCCAGACAUUUACACACGAGAAGAGCUCGCGCAGGACAUUCAAUUGACUGAAGCGCGCGUCCAGGUGUGGUUCCAGAACAGACGCGCUAAAUUUCGCAAACAAGAGCGCGCAUCCACGUGGAUUGCGACACCACCCCGAGUGCACAGCCCAGCUUCUCAUAAAAACUCCAAAACGAUGAUAUUACCUCACCCGGACAGCACACAACCCAACCUAACCCAAGAGCCAACACUGGAGACCAACAGUGUCAGAAAGGUUCAGGGAUCAAAAGAGCGCCCCCUGUCAGGAGUUUCUUUUGUUGAAGCGCAGCGGUCAAGCGUUCACUGAAUUCACAUUAGUAUGGAGCGAACAUACAAUUCAUCAGAUGUAGCCUUUGUCUGUUUCCAGUUUUUUUUUCUUGAGGAUCGUGAUUGUUCCCUUUCAGACCGUUGCGGUGGGUUAAGACUUCUGUUGUAAUAUUGUGUUGAAAUAUUGUAUAAAGACAAUGCCCUUUAAAGAAAUAGUUGAUCUAGUUUAGUUUUUAAAGUGUAAAUACUAGAAAUAUAAAAAGCUUAAUUAAACUUCAAAAUUCACAAAAGUUGUGUUCAUCUGUGAAGACGUGUAAGUGUCAUAAACACCGACCUUAUUAUUAUUAUUAUUUUGUGAUAAUCCA